UACUGAAUGAGUGGGUGAAUGAGUCCGUGAACAUAUUAGACAAGACAAGAGGAUGAAUUUUGGGAUGUUUACUAUUGGAAAUGACUGUGACCGGAGCGGGAGCAGAUAAAAUGAGCCGGUGUGUCAGUGUGACUGAAACCAAGGGAGAGUAGCCAAAAUCUGGAUACUGUGUCAAACUUUGUGGCUGACUGGCCCUUUAGUGUGCAGGUGGACCCAGGCCAGAGACAGCAGUGAGGAUGGGAGGUGGAGGCCAGCUGACGGAGCCAGGGGAGCAGGGCAGUGGGCGGGCUGGUGGUGUCUACACCUGGGAGGAGGUGCAGAGUCACUGCGACAGGAAUGACCAGUGGCUGGUGAUCGAUCGGAAGGUUUACAACAUCACACAGUGGGCUAAAAGGCACCCAGGAGGGAUCCGGGUCAUCAGCCACUAUGCUGGAGAGGAUGCCACGGAGGCGUUCACCGCUUUUCAUCCUGAUUUAAAGUUUGUGCAAAAGUUUCUGAAGCCCCUGCUGAUCGGAGAGCUGGCAGCGACAGAGCCCAGCCAGGACCGAGACAAAAACGCAACAAUCAUACAAGAUUUCCACACUUUACGGGUGCAGGCGGAGAGGGAGGGUUUGUUUCAAGCUCGGCCUUUGUUCUUCUGCCUCCACCUGGGUCACAUCCUGCUGCUGGAGGCCCUCGCCUGGCUCAUCAUCUGGGUCUGGGGAACCAGCUGGACGCUGACGUUUCUGAUCUCCGUCAUGCUGGCGACCGCUCAGUUGCAGGCUGGAUGGCUGCAGCACGACUUUGGCCACCUGUCUGUCUUCAAGAAGUCCAGCUGGAAUCACAUAUUGCACAAGUUUGCCAUCGGCCAUUUGAAGGGAGCGUCUGCCAACUGGUGGAAUCACCGGCAUUUCCAGCAUCACGCUAAACCCAACAUCUUCAGUAAGGACCCUGAUGUCAACAUGUUGCACAUCUUUGUAGUUGGAACCACUCAACCAGUGGAGUACGGCAUAAAGAAGAUUAAAUAUAUGCCCUAUCAUCACCAACACCAGUACUUCUUUCUUGUUGGACCACCGCUGCUCAUUCCAGUCUACUUCCACAUUCAGAUAAUACGCACCAUGAUUUCCCGCCAUGACUGGGUGGAUCUGGCUUGGUCCAUGUCUUACUACCUGCGCUACCUGUGCUGUUACAUUCCCAUGUAUGGCCUGCUUGGCUCAGUGUUGCUCAUCAGCUUUGUCAGGUUUUUGGAGAGUCAUUGGUUUGUGUGGGUGACUCAGAUGAAUCAUCUACCAAUGGACAUCGACCACGAGAAGCACCGGGACUGGCUGUCCAUGCAGCUACAAGCCACCUGUAACAUCAAACAAUCCCCCUUCAAUGACUGGUUCAGUGGACACCUCAACUUUCAAAUCGAACACCAUUUGUUUCCCACAAUGCCGCGCCACAACUACCACCUGGUGGCCCCGCUGGUCCGUGCACUGUGUGAGAAACAUGGGAUUCCGUACCAGGUGAAAACACUGUGGCGAGGCAUCACUGAUGUUUUCAUCUCAUUGAAGAACUCAGGUGACCUCUGGCUCGACGCAUAUCUCCAUAAAUGACCAGUUUUAUUCUCGACACGACAAGGAGUGAUGUUGUUUCUCCUCUUCUGCAUCAUAAACUGAUUGUAUCUGUUUGGUUUUUUAAUUCAGUUGAUAGUGUGGGAAUGAUCUUUUCUUAGCUCCGGUGUUAUAGUUCAGUCUUUUUUAGAUUCUGUGCCGGGUUUUUAGUGCUCACAGGAUUUCUCUGGUUGCCUUACAGUGUCUUGAACAACUGUAGUAUGGUGUUGUAGAUGCAGCUGUGAAACUGAUGUGAGGUAUUUAAAGUGAUGUUUUUUCAUUAUCUAUCAUGAACAAUAAAAUAUGACAAAUCCUGUAUAACUGAGUAUUAGUUAUAGUUAAUUUAACUUCUUUACUUGCAACUCUUGUUCUGCUCUGCUUCUGUUUAAAUAAAGGAACUGUAUUGAC